CGAUACUCGGCAGCCUCACCUCGCCUAUCCCAUUCCAUCCUUCUAUCCGUGCAUCCAUCAUCCUCAUCAACAGGGUUCAGGGUUCCAUUGAAUUGACAUGCUUUCCAUAUUUUUCGACUCUCCACCACGGACUUCGCUUAAUGGGCAAGCUUGUUUCCUUAUCUUCCUUCCCACUUUCAAUUCGAUGUCUGCAUUACGCGUACCUCGUUGGCUACGGCGUUGUUCUCUACCACAGUACUCCGUACCGUCUUCUCUCCAACCUAUACACCCUAUACCUGCGCAGCCCUGGACCUCUGUCGAAUGGAAUGUCCCUUCCUCAAUAGCAAAAUGAUAUCAUGCUCCUACCUCGACCCUCGCGAAACGUCUGCGGUCAAUGGCAUCGUCGAAAGUCCGGCAUCGUUGGCCAACUGCUCCUCCUGUUCCUCUUCCUCCUCUUCCUGCAGACUCGAUUCCAUUCAACCCCAGCGAAACCAGCGGCGACGGUCCCUCCACCUCCUGCACCGCGACCUACGAGCCCUCUCCUCAAAAGCCAAGCCUCUUUCUGGAAGGACCUCCACCUGCUGAUCCUGAACAAUGACCCAAACUGUGACCAACCACCGGACCUGGUCGUGCCUCAGAAGUUGGACAUCGGAUAUGACCCUUCGCACAACCACCAAAGACCGGAUAUAUUGUUUAUGGAGUCCAAAGACAUCAAACGCAUGAGGGAGGCACAUACCAACUUCAUCAAUGACCUCAAAAAGUCCACUCCAACAAUGGUGUAUGAGCCAGGCAGUCGUGGACUCGUCAUGACUGCGGGAUUCAAUCAACUGCCGGUCAUGGUGAUAUCGAUACGUAUGUUACGGAGGACAUGGUCGUUAUUGCCGGUCGAGGUGUUCGUGGCCGAUCCGAACGACUACGACGAAGAAAUAUGCAACAGUGUCAUGCCGACGCUCAACGCCAAAUGCAUCGUUCUGUCCGACAUCUUUCGAGCGGCCGAGUCGGGCGUGUCCAUCGACCGCUUUCAGUACAAAAUCAUGGCCAUCCUGUUCUCCUCGUUCGAAGAAGUCCUGCUCCUGGACUCGGAUGCUUUUCCCAUCCACAAUCCCAUCUCACUGUUCGAACAAGAGCCGUUUAAGAGCACGGGUAUGAUUGUCUGGCCCGACUUUUGGUACGCUUCCGAAUCACCGUACUAUUUCCAGAUUGCCAAAAUCGAAGAUAUCCCGCCCUUGUACUCUCGUGCCUCCGUCGAAUCGGGCGAACUGAUGUACUCGAAAGCGAAACAUAACAUGUCCAUCAUGCUAGCUGCAUACUACAAUUUCUACGGCCCGACCUAUUACUACCCACUCCUUUCGCAGGGCGCUCCCGGUCAAGGCGACAAGGAGACAUUCGCUUGGGCGGCUACAGCACUCAAACAACCAUUCUACCCGGUCCAUGAACGGGUUAUGGCCCUUGGCCGGAUGGACUCGAAUGGCCAUUACCUGGGAAGCGCCAUGGCCCAGCAUGAUCCCAUUGCUGACUGGAUCUAUACCCAAGUCCACGGGCCCCCUCACGAGCGGUUGAAAGAAGGAGACCUCAAAGACGUGAACCCAUUCGACAUCCAGCUCACCGAAGUGAGGCCGUUUUUCAUCCACGCCAAUUUCCCCAAAUUCGACCCCUCCACCAUCUUCCAGCACCAAAUGCGUGGCUUCGAUGACGAAGUCACCGGCUCCGGCGGUCCUACGCAUGACUCAAACGGCACCGCCGUGCGCUGCUGGAUGAGCGAGCAGCGCGCCACCGAGUUGUUCGGAUUCGACGUGGAACGUGCCUUCUGGGAAGAGAUCAUGGGUACCGCGUGCGAGUACGAGCAUCAAUUCGGAUGUUGGAAAGGCAAACAGGGUAUCUGUGACGGAGUCAGGAACUACUUUGUCAAAGUCUUUCAUGCCAACCCUGUCGAGCCAGCCGGAUCCUGAUCAUCAGCAGCAGACACUCAAGUCGUCUGUCGACUUUCUUCACAUUACCGACUGGAACCGCAGCACCUUUGUUUUUUGAACCUGCCCGCAGACAUCUUUGUAUAUACCCUUGGCGAAUUAUUGGAACAUUAUCCGUAUGUCUCAUUCGCGACGAAACUGCCACUCGGGGCGUUGUGAAACGACCUCAUUAACGAGAACCACGAUACGAUUUGACAAACGAAAGUACAUAUAGAACCAUCCACAUCAUCAUGUCAUGCCUUGUCAUUUACGAAAACGGCGCGCACUCGAUUUCGACCUCGACUUUCAGCACAUGUGCAUAUUUGGGAAUAUAAGCAUAGCAUCCUGCUUGAACUAUACGGCGCGAAGCCACCUGUUGCAUUGAAAUUCGCUUGAGUUUUCUUUUAGCCAGCUGCAUUGCAUAGGCAUCGCAUUGCGUUGCAUUUAGAUGGAGUUAGUUGUUGGAAUUUUUCAGCCCACGAUGCGGCGAGCGGAUAGCAAGGACACCUGAUUUUCCAUUUUCAUCACAUUCCUGUUGCAUAUUCCUGU